UUGAUUGUAUACACCUGUGUCCAUGGAGGGGAUUGGAACACCUGAAUCACAUGAUAUGGAGGGGAUUGGAACACCUGAAUCACAUGAUAUGGAGGGGAUUGGAGCACCUGAAUCACAUGAUAUGGAGGGGAUUGGAACACCUGAAUCACAUGAUAUGGAGGGGAUUGGAACACCUGAAUCACAUGAUUGGGAGGGGAUUGGAACACCUGAAUCACAUGAUUGGGAGGGGAUUGGAACACCUGAAUCACAUGAUUGGGAGGGAUUGGAACACCUGAAUCACAUGAUUGGGAGGGGAUUGGAACACCCGAAUCACAUGAUAUGGAGGGGAUUGGGACACCUGAAUCACAUGAUUGGGAGGGCGGGGACAAUACUUUGGCAAUACAGUGUACAUAGGCUUGGA